AUGAAGAGAAUCACCCGCGCGCAUCCGUCGGAGAGAGCGAUAAAAUGGUCGAAGGCGGCGGCAUUUGUACUGGUUGCAAUGCUCGCAGCGGCGGAGGCGAGGAGAGAGAAGGCGUGCGACACCGGGUGGGAGUGCAGCGGCAGCAGGUUCUGCUGCAACGGGACCAUCACCGACUACUUCAAGGCCCACCACUUCGAGGAAUUCUUCCCCAGGCGCAACGACUCCAUCGCCCACGCCGCCGGCUUCUGGACCUACCAGGCCUUCAUCGCCGCCGCCGCCCUCUUUGAGCCCCGCGGGUUCGGCACCACCAGCGGCAAGGUGACGGGCAUCAAGGAGGUUGCCGCGUUCCUCGGACACGUCGGCGCCAGGAUCUCAUGUGGAAAAUUUUAUCCAAAUCCACUGGCCUGGGGGCUUUGCUACAACCGCGAAAUGAGCCCAGACCAGAGCUAUUAUUGUGACGACAGCAACGAGUUAUAUCGAUGUGUCGAAGGAGUCAGAUACUAUGGCCGAGGCGCUAUUCCUGUUUACUGGAAUUACAACUAUGGGAUCAUUGGUAAGGGUAUCAAUCAGGACCUGUUAAGCCACCCAGAGUUACUUGAACAGAAUGCCACCAUAGCAUUUGAAGCAGCAAUCUGGAGGUGGAUGACUCCAGUGAAGAGGAGGCAGCCAUCUGCCCAUGAUGUCUUUGUUGGCAACUGGAAACCAACCAAGCGUGACACUGUUUCCAAGAGGUAUCCUGGCUUUGGUGCUACAAUGAACAUCAUGUAUGGUGAUGGUUAUCAUAUAUGUGGUCGAGGGUUCACUGAUGAGAUGAACGUCAUUAUAUCCCACUACAUAUAUUAUCUCGAUCUGAUGGGCGUUAAUCAUGAGUCUGGACGUAGCUUGGAUUGUGCUGACCAGGCAGUAUUCAAUCCGUCCACUAAGAGUUCUGGCUCAUAAACAAGCUACCCAACUGUACAAAUCCUUUUGUCUGAAUCUGUACAGUACUCUUUUAGUAACUCGACAUAUUAUCGUUGUGUCCAUGACACUGAUUU